UAUUUACGCGUUUAGCAAAAAUAGUGCAAAUAAAAUGAGCCAUGGCCGCCAUGACAACGUGAAAACGUUUGAUUGAAGCUGUCACUUGACAACGAAAAUCGAAAAAUUCGACUAUUGAUCAAACAGAUUUGCAAAAUUGGGAGUCAGACAUGAAAAGAAAAGAAGCUGCUCUCAACGGUGUAUUUGAGCAGGAUUUGGAGUUGCCUCCGGUCCGCAGUAAAAUAAAGAAAGAGAAGCCUGUGGUGGUGAAGAAGAAGCCAGAAAAGCGCAUUAGAGGCUCUGAUUACUCAUCUUGGGAUAAGUUUGAUGUGGACAAAGCAUGCGAGGAGGUAGACAUGGCAGAAGUUGGUCCCCCAUCACUAGACAGCAAGAAGAGCCAGCAAGCUAAACUGGAGAAACUCAAAGAAGAAGCUCAGUACGAAAAAGAAAGAGGCAACACCUUCGUGAAGCAAGAGAAGUGGGAUGAAGCAAUAGCGUGCUACAACCGAGCCAUAGAGCUAGUGAAAGAUGACGCUAUCUACUACGCCAAUAGAGGACUCUGCUAUCUCAAAAAAGACAGCCUCCAUCAAGCAGAAUCGGAUUGUUCGGAAGCCCUCCGCCUGGACCCCAGCUAUGUGAAAGCCUUACAGAGGCGCGCCACGGCCCGAGAGCGCCUCGGGUCGCUCCGCUCAGCCUCGCACGACCUCAGCGAGGUCCUCAAGUUGGAACCCCACAAUAAUGCUGCUAGGAUACAACUUCAGGCGAUCAAAGCUCGGAUGGGAACAAAAGGGUCAAAAUCCAAGUCAUCACCCUCAUCAACCCCGACAGUGGAGAACCAAUCCCUAAUCACAAAGCUUGGACAGGCGAGGAUCACGGAGCUACCAGACGAACCCAAACAACCAGUGCCCCAAGUGGACAAGAUGGAGCAAUGGAGAAAUGGAGUCGGAGAGGCUGUGACUGUAAUCAAGACUGUGAAGAAACCACCACAUUUGAGGUCCAAGAGAGCUCUAAAACCAGUGCCAAUCCACGAGAUCUCGCUAGGCAAAACGUCACCAGAAAAACCGCCAACCCGCCUAAAAAUCAUAGAAAUAGAGGACAACCUGGCUCACGGGGAUACUAACAACAACGACUCUAUCAAAAUAGAUAAACUUACCGAGAAAAUAGAUACAAAAGGUGAAGGAGACAAGAUUGAAGAUAAUGAUAGUCUGAAGUCUAACAAAAUGAGUCCGGAGUCAGAGAAGAUAGUCACAGAUAUUCUGGCCUCGGAGAAAGACGCGUGCGUCCAGAAUUUGGUGGCGCCAGUUAGCAGUGUCCAGUUUAUGGCCACGUGGAAGUAUUUGAAGGGGAAAGGGGGAGCUAGAAGCGAUUAUUUGAAUAUAAUAGACCCACAAAAGAUACCGUCGAUAUUCGCGAACGCUCUAGAGAGCGACGUGCUAUCCGAGCUGCUGAUGAUCCUGGCGGAGAACCCGGGCAAGUUCCGCUACCAAACCGUCGCUGCUUACCUGAAGGGACUGUGCAAGGUCAAACGGUUCUCCACGCUAGCCAUGUUCCUGUCCAAUAGCGAUAAACAAUUGUUAACCAAACUCCUGGCGCACUGCAAAGCGAAUGAGAACUGCAGCGAGGAAGAGAUAGCAGACCUGAAGAACAAAUAUGAACUUUAAACCAGUAGGUGCUAGGUAGUUAUUACAAUUCGGUCGGUUAAUGUAUUUUGAGGAAAUCGCGAGCGUGAGGCUUUAAAAAAAUUUAAUAAAAAAAGGCAUUUAAUUAAAAAAAAAAAAGAAAAAAUAUCAGUGCGACUUCAUUGUUGCUUGAAAUCAUUAUGUUCUUGAUAAUAUGCUAAAUUAUGAUUGUAAUUAUUAAAAUAAAAAAAAAAAAAAAACCCAUAUCGAACUUCGGAUUAGCGUUAGCUUCCACUUUAAUAAACCUAGCCACAGAUUGACAAAAAAAAUGCCGGCAUACUAAAAAAAUAUAGAAUUACAUCCGCCCACUAAAACUCUUUAUUUCGGGGAGGUUAAAAUGUCCACACCGAAGCAAUUCAUCUAAGAAAGCAAUAUUGCAAUUUGAUAUUUGCGCAUAUAAAAGUAAGUGCGCAAUGCAAACAAAUGUCAAAUUACAAAAUUGCUUUUUUAGAUGAUUUGCAGACCCAUAAUCAUACAUACAACACACAUAAGCUGAUACCUAUUGCCUUCUGGGAUAAGCAUAGACUAUGGAAUUAGAUUUCCUUCGAUCCGAUGUCGCAUUGUAGCACAAUGCGCCACACAGGACACUUCACACAAAAAAUUCAUGCGAGACACUACCUCCCGAUACCUCCCGAUUCCUCUUCUCCAUUUUAGGCUUACGGCUAUUUAAGACUAAAGUACAUAAUGGUGCUGAUUCCUGUACAGUCAUGAGCAAUAUAAUGUAACCACUUUAGGACUCUGUCGCACUAACAUAUUUGACAUUUAGUGAGACUUACAGUUCAAUUUGUCAAAAAAGUUAAUGUGACAUGGUACCAAAGUGUUAAUGCUCGUAACCGUACACACCAUCUAAUUAAUUUAUUUCUUAUUUUUUAAUUAUACCUGCCGUUAAUUAUUUCUAGUUAUACCUGUCAUUUUCUUAUCCGCCGAAAAGGUAUCUCUCUUUAUUUAACAGCUGCGCUCUUGUCGGUGGAGUAAUCGCCAUUCCUCUCUUCUUCCCGCCAAAUCCUUCACCUCCUGAUACGACACGACCUGCACCUUCCCUUUUAUUUGUUUCAUAAAUGUUCUUAAUUUGUUUCUUAGGUCUACCCAUUUCUCUCUUCCCUUCAAUUUGCCGAAAACGAAAGGGACGGGUAAUCGACAGGCAUAAAAUUUAAGGAACACACGUCAAUUUUAAGCACAUAAAACAACCUAAAAAUUUUACAUCGCCCAAUAACGCGACAGAAUUGACAACACACGUCAAACGAUUUGCAUACCAGCGAGAUACCUAUUUCAUUCGCCCGGGUCAUCAAUUUAAAAUCAUCUGUCCCUUUCCUUUUCGGCAGAUAAGAAAUUGACAGGUAUAACUUCAAAUAAAAUUAGGUGUCUGCAGGAAUCGGGGCCAGUAUUGUUCCUUAUUCUAUGACUAAAGUAAGAACCAGAGAAUGUGAGGUCGGCACCUAAUACGAAUAGGCUAGUUUCCAACUAGUCAAAUCAGUUUUUACUAAUCGUCAAAACAGGGAAAUUACUAUGGAAUUUGUAUGAAAAUCGUAAAUAGCAAAUCGUGAAGUCACAGAAAAACGUCAUAAAAUUUCGGACUUAUUACGUUUUUCUUGAUAAUAUAUUUAUUUAUUAUGUAUACAUAACAGGUUACAGGCAUAUAUAUCUUAUAACUAGGUUAAUUAUAUUUACAAAAAAAUGAUUUUUAAAUUGAUCCAAAAUUUAUGAAUUAAAAGUUAAUGUCCAAAUAAUCCACCUCGUGUCAUUCCCGGCACAAAGGUGCCCAUCAAUCUAGCCUCGUUUCCACGCUGGAUAGCGAUUUACUUGAUUAAAAUUCAUAAAUAAGUUAGUAGAAAAAAGGUAAAAUGUUUUUUUGUUAAUUCUAGAUCUUCCUUUAUUUAGAAAUGAGAAUUUCAUAAUUUAUCUUGAACCUAGUAGUCAUGAACAAUAUAAUGUACCUACUUUAGGACUUUGUCGCACUAACAUAUUUGACAUUUAGUGAGACUUACAGUUCAAUUUGUCAAAAAAGUUAAUGUGACAUGGUACCAAAGUGUAUACAUAUUAAUGCUCGUGACCGUACACGACUCAUUAGUGCGGGACGGAGAGUUACCGUUCUUCGAUCCUGACAUACUUAUAAAAAAAACAAAGCAAUGCUGCACGCUCGUGAUGUCUGUUCUAAGAUAUAUAUAUAUGUAUUUAUAUAAUUAAUUUGGAUAGCCUAGUCCUUUUAAAAUAUAGGUUAUUUUUCUUUUUUAACAGUCCAAAUCAAGGGGCGAAUAAAAAAUUACACCGUAUAAUGUUUCUUAUUACUCGCACACCCCGGACACUCCAUACAAAAUUUCAUUCUUACCGUGUAACGCGUAAGUGGGAAAGAGACAGACAAUUCCUGCGUUCCCUUACU